CAUUAAUUCGAAUACUUUUAUAAUGCUAUCGCUUCGUAAAUUUUGGUCGCUUUUACUGUAGUUUUGAGGUGAUUAAUACGAGUUUUAGGAUAUGGAGCAUCAUAAGCAAAGUGACAAAAUCGAACAGCCUCGUCCGUUAGCGGUUAGAGCAGGAAUGUGCUGGCUGUUGUUGGCUGUUCGGGAAACAUGGACACCCAGCGGGACGUUCAAACUUCCAAACGACACGGAGGCACUAGGUCGUUACUGUCGGCCGGUUCCGCCACCGCCAUGGAGGUUAAACGCAAGAAAAUACGACAGAGCACUUUAUUCCAACAAACAGAGAACACUAACUUGCAAGAAAAGCUGGACUUUGAGGUGCGAAUGCGAGAGGGGGCCUAUAAGCUGCUGCUCGCCUGCAGUAAGAGAGAGCAAGUUCUCAACACCUCCAAGAACCUACUGACCUGCAAUGCCAGGAUCAAGGCUUAUUUGACUCAUCUCCAGAAGAUGAAACAGGAACAAGACAUGAUGAGGUCAGCCAAGGGACCUGAUCCAGAUUCAGAUGACCGUGUGCCCUGUAAUGGGACAAUUGCAAUAUCAGGGCUGCGUGUUCCUUUGCUGUGGAAGGAUUCGGACCACUUUAACAAUAGAGGGAGCUCUCGUCGAGUGGCAGUGUUCUGUCUGCUGCAGAUUGGCUCCGAGGUGUUUGACACAGACAUGGUGGUGGUAGACAGAUCAAUUACUGACAUCUGCUUUGAGGGGGUCACAAUCUUUAAAGAAGCAGUUCCUCAGUUUGACCUGAGGGUGGAGCUGUGGAGCUGUGCCCUGGAGGAAGAGCUCACAAUGGCAAACACACCAAAGAAACUGGCCAAGAAGUUCCGAAACUCCUUUGGAAAAACAGCUGGGAAGAAGCUCUGCCCUCUGCUGGACACUCCAGACGCUGACACGUUCCUGCAGAACAACCCUAUUCCCUCUGGAGCCAAGUACAGCCUGCUGGCCUACACCACUCUGUCUCUGUCUGAGGCUGAGGGCAGCUUUCAGUCUCACUCCCUCAUUGUCCUCCAAAAUGCUGAGUGGUCAUCCUGGCUUCCGCUUUAUGGUAACCUCUGCUGUCGGCUGGUUGCGCAGCCUGUCUGUAUGACACAAAGCAUGAUGAGCGGCUACCUGAGUCAGAAGCAAAGUGUGGAGGGGAUGAACCGCUGCUGCAGUCUUUACUGUGUCUUGAGUGCAGGUUUUUUGUCCUGUUAUUUCACACCAGAAGAAAUUGAUGCGAAAGUGCACCCUACUCUCAAGAUACCUGUCAAUAAGAGCACCCGGAUCCGUGUGAUGGAGAAAGAGAGAACAGGCCAGAAAUCCCGGAGUAUGUCUAUUAUCAACCCUUCACAUGAGGGAUAUGAGACUGUUGUCUUCGCCACAGACACCAGGGAGGAACUGGAGGACUGGUUGGACGCUCUCCACCAGCAUCUCUAUGAUCAGAGCCAGUGGCUGCACUGCUGCGACCAGCUAAUGAAGAUCGAGGUCACAUCACCACGGAAACCAUCGCUCUUCCUCGCAAAGCAGGCUGACUCUGUUUACAACGACCUCAGUAUAAAUUCACCUGGCAGGUUUGAGAGCAUUGCUGAUAUUAUCCACAACAAGAUAGAGGAGACAGAUGGCCGCUUUCUAAUUGGUCAUGAGGAGGAGAAGGAAGUGCCUCAUUGGUCGACUCUGUUCGAUGGAUCGCAUUCAGUGGUCGUGCAAAAGAGUAUUCUGUCCCAGAGCAAAACCUCCACCCCUUGUUCAAGCCCCAACUCCGGCUCAACAUCCAACAGCAACAAGAAGCGACGUGCCCCGCCCCCUCCCUCUGACAGAGUGGCUUAUACUCCUCCCACCCAUCCUGCCAGACCUCCUCUUCCUGCCAGACCUCCUCCUCCUCCUCCAGUCAUAUACCAGGAGAAGGAGAACACCGGCACUUGUGCUUCACGCCUGACCACAAGGUCCAAAACAGGCAGACCGUCUCUGGACGCCAAGUUUUCCGCCAUCAUCCAGCAGCUCCAGCGGAGCAAUGCUGGAGGUGCUGGGGCCUCCAGUCGCAAAAACGCUCCAUUGGGCGUCCUCGAUAUACAACCACAGGGUCCGCCGCAGCCUCCUCUCCAGCAGCUGGAGUACCAGAACGUCCAAACCCAGGCACCGGAAACCACUGCAGAACAUGGUUUCAUCAGACCCAGUCAUGGUCCUGUUCCUGUACCAAGGAGCAAACUGAGGAAGUCUUUCAGAGAGAGGAUGAACAUGAAAGCCUUGUGAACUUGACCUUCAACUAUAUAUAUGCAUUUAAACAACUAAUUCAUAUUAGUCCCUGUUGUGGAACUUUUCAGCUGAGCAAGGCAACACUGGUAAAAUUGCAAAUCACAAUAUAUUUGACUUGGUCUUAAUAGCAGUAUUGGGAGGAUAUUUUAAGAAAGACCGUGCUUCAAGUCUUUAAUAAUAAUGGAGUACUUUAUCAUUUUGAGGAAUAUCCUUAUCCGAUUUCUUGCCAACAGUUAGAUGUGCAGAUCAAUAACAAACUAAUAUCUGUACAAUAAAUAAAAGAACCUGUAGCCACUUGAUGGAAAGCUUAGCUUCGUAUAACAAUUGAAAAAAAUAACAACAAAAAACCCAGCUAUCCUGGCUGAGGCAGUGAAUAUCAACUAACCAGCACCUCCAAAGCUUACUAAUUAUAUCAUGUUUAAUGUGUUAAAAAAGGACAAACUUACAGUUUUAUGGGCGAUGAAGUGUCAGUCUAUUUCUUGGCUGAGUGCAGUCGGUCUCAUCAUCGCCAGAAGAAUUUUUACCCACUAAUCCAGUCCAGAAAUUCACUGCUUCUAGCCAAGAAAAUGAAUAAUAAAUUAAACCUCAACGUUAA